UAGGUCAAAGCAUAGCACAUAGCAAAAAUGUCCCGUUGCCUAACAUUCGCGAAAUUUGCUCUUGGAGCCUCUCAACGGGUCAGCUCGCGGCUCGUUUCUUCCACUCGAAGUUUAAGAAGUAGGAUUGUGACAGGAGCGCUCAGCAGAGCUGAUGCAAAUGCAAGGCUCCAGUAUCAUACGAGAUCCCGACUGCUGGGCUCUCUCUAUCCCGGUGCCAGUGUGACCUAUCGCGCCUACAGCACACAGCAGGCAGAGAGUGCGGAGGAGGAACCGCUGCACACCAUCAUUAGCGAUACUGAGAGCGUUCAAGGUUCCCUUUCUAAACAUGAGUUCCAGGCAGAGACUAAGAAACUGUUGGACAUUGUGGCAAGAUCUUUGUACUCAGAGAAAGAGGUGUUUAUCCGAGAGCUCAUCUCUAACGGAAGCGAUGCCUUGGAGAAGCUACGACAUAAGCUGAUAUCCGGAGGAGGAGAAACUGCAUCCAUGGAGAUCCAUCUACAGACUGAUGCAGCUAAAGGCACCUUCACUAUUCAGGAUACUGGGAUCGGGAUGACUCAAGAGGAACUGGUGGCAAAUUUGGGUACCAUUGCACGUUCUGGCUCAAAGGCAUUCCUGGAUGCCUUGCAGAAUCAAGCUGAGGCCAGCAGCUCUAUCAUUGGACAGUUUGGUGUGGGCUUCUACUCAGCCUUCAUGGUCGCAGACAAAGUGGAGGUCUAUUCCCAGUCAGCGGAGCCAGGCAGUCCUGGAUACAAGUGGUCCUCGGAUGGGUCUGGAGUGUUUGAGAUUGCAGAGGCUACCGGUGUCAGACAGGGCACCAAGAUUGUGCUCCAUCUCAAAGCCGACUGCAAAGAGUUCUCUUCUGAGGACCGUGUGAAAGAGGUUGUGACCAAGUACAGCAACUUUGUCAAUUUCCCAAUUUUUCUGAAUGGUCGACGACUCAACACACUACAGGCUCUCUGGAUGAUGGAACCUAAAGAGAUCAGUGAAUGGCAGCAUGAGGAGUUUUAUCGUUAUGUGGCACAGGCGUACGACAAGCCCCGUUACACCCUGCACUACCGUGCCGACGCCCCGCUUAACAUUCGCAGCAUCUUCUACGUUCCCGAAAUGAAACCAUCUAUGUUUGAUGUGAGCAGGGAGAUGGGCUCCAGUGUAGCGCUGUACAGCAGGAAGGUCCUGAUUCAAACUAAAGCCACUGACAUCCUGCCUAAGUGGCUACGCUUCCUACGUGGCGUGGUGGACAGUGAAGACAUCCCCUUAAACCUCAGCAGAGAGUUACUUCAGGAGAGUGCUCUCAUCAAGAAGCUGAGAGAUGUUUUGGAGCAGCGAGUCAUUAAAUUUCUGCUGGACCAGAGCAAGAAGGAGCCGGAGAAGUACGGCCAUUUCUUUGAGGACUUCGGUUUGUUCAUUAGGGAGGGCAUCAUCACCACCCCUGAGCAGGACGUCAAGGAAGAUAUAGCAAAACUUCUGCGCUUUGAGUCCUCGGCCUUGCCCGCGGGACAGCAGACCAGUCUGAUGGAGUAUGGCUCUCGCAUGAAGGCAGGCACCCGCAACAUCUAUUACCUGUGUGCUCCUAAUCGCCACCUAGCUGAGCACUCCCCCUACUUUGAAGCCAUGAAACAGAAGGACAUGGAGGUUCUGUUUUGCUUUGAGCAGUUUGAUGAGCUCACCAUGCUCCACCUCAGAGAGUUUGACAAGAAGAAGCUCAUCUCUGUGGAAACAGACAUUGUGGUAGACCACUACAAAGAAGAGAAGUUUCAAGAUAGCAAGCCUGCAUCUGAGAGACUUACAGAACAGCAGGCAGAAGACUUGAUGGCCUGGAUGAGAAACUUACUGGGCCAGAAAGUGACAAACAUCAAGGUGACCCCCCGUCUGGACACGCAUCCAGCCAUGAUCACGGUGCUGGAGAUGGGGGCAGCGCGUCACUUCCUACGUACUCAACAGCUGGCCCGUAGCUCAGAGGAGAGGGCACAGAUACUGCAGCCCACGCUGGAGAUUAACGCUGGACAUGACCUGAUAAAGAAGCUUCAUGCACUGAAAGACUCAAACCCUGACCUGGCCCAGCUGUUGCUUGAGCAGAUCUAUGAUAACGCCAUGAUUGCGGCCGGGCUUAACGACGACCCUCGGCCUAUGAUUUCACGUCUGAAUGACCUGUUAACUAAAGCCCUGGAGAAGCACUGAUUCCGCCUCCUGUGUCUGUAUUAACUUACCAUGCUAGUCCUUAGGACCGUUUCUCAGUGGUCCCACACUGUUCCAUGGCUUCAUCCUCCACAGUUCACUCUGGUCUCACUAAACCCUGCACCCCCCUCAGUGAGAUGAAACAGCCUCGCAGCCAUGGGAUGACGGAAAGCAAGAAGAGGCACUCUGUGUGGAAAAGGAAAGCGACCAUAUAAAAUUCUGUAUUUUGGUUGAUGAAUGAUAUGCGACUCUGUCAGACUGGGCUCUGUUUGUACCCGAGAACUCGUUUUAAGAAAAGAAAAAAAAAAGAUUUCAUAUUCCAUAGUAUCCCAUACAGGAGAAGUCGAUUCAUUGCUAACUCUUCAAGGAUAAAGGCCGGUAGGCCUGUGUGUGACAGAGAUCUGUAUUGUCAUUAUUACCUGUUCAUUUUAUUUACAUAUUACUUUCCAUGAUUGUGUUUUGUUAGUAAAUGAUCCGUAUUAUGAAAAUUUUGGUAAAAUCUAAUGAUAAUGUCUGUUUCUUGACCCCCACCCCUCUAUCAGCCAACA